AACAACAGUGUCUGGUGAGCGGAUUACUCCGCUGGACUUCACCCUCUAUUUUUUCGGAGGUUGAAACUGACACGUUGGAGAUUUUAUAGUUAUGACCAAAAUAAAUUUGGAUUAUUUUACAUUUUGAAAAAAUUCUGAAAAGUCUAUUUAGUUAAUGAGAUUACUUUUGUUUUUCGGAUUAUUGGCGCCAUGACAACGUCAACUCAGUGACUGUUCCUACAGUAUAUAAUAAUCACUGGCUUUAUUGGAUAAUUGUAUAAACAUACAGGCCAAAAUGUUUAAACUGGAUUCAUAAUGAUUUCUUGUGUUCAAAGGGCUCUGUUGCGAGGGCCACCUUCGGAUAUGAUUGCUAGGAUGAUGAGCAGCAUGCAGCAGAAUUAUGGUGAGAGAGGAGAUUUGUGUUGUCAGAACCCAACUGCCCCUCUCUAUGACCCUACAGAGGACCUCUGCUGCAUCACCACCACCUUCCAGUACCUGCAGAACUCAGGUUGGUACUGGGGGUCCAUUUCAGCCAGAGAGGCUCGAGACGCUCUCCUGAAGGUGUCAGUGGGAACCUUCCUGGUACGCGACAGCAGCCACCCUCUCUACAUGCUGACUCUGUCAGUGAAGACGGCCUGUGGCCCCACCAACGUACGCAUAGAGUACAGUGGGGGUCACUUCCGUCUGGAUUCCAGCUCCCCAGGCCCCCCUCACUUGCUGUCCUUCCCUGACGUCUGCAGCCUGGUGCAACACUACGUUGGCUCAGGCCAGACACAACAGGGCAAGAGAGUGGAGUCAGAGGGCCCUCCAAAACCUAAUGCCAAACCCAGCCCUUCCCAGCCCUCAGCGAAGGACAAUGCAGUACUGCUCAAGCUGAUGCGUCCCCUGCCACAGGCCUUCCCCUCUCUCCAGCACCUCACACGCCUCACCAUCAACUGCCAAAUCGACUGCAUUGACCAGCUGCCCCUGCCACGCCCACUGGUGCGCUACCUGCAGGACUACCCUUUCCAGGUAUGAGGGUCCUCUGGCAGCCAUCCCUGCCCAAGGAAGGGCACACAGGAGGCCCAGGGACCUCCCAGUGAGGGUUAAAGGUUAGGACCUUAUGCUUAUAGGGUCAGAGAUAGCUUCUGACUCAGCUCAGCUGGACAGUGGAGCGUGGAAAGCAAAGUGCAGUGUUGCCUUUGGAAGAGUAGGACUAUAAAGUCUCACUGGGCCUUGGGCUGCUCGUACAGACAUCCAUGAACCAGACACCAUUUAUACUGUUUACUUUAAUAUUAAUAUAAUUACAUUUUAUGGAUUUUGUGUCUAUUGUUUCAAAUCUCUUUUAUAGUAAAAAAAAUUAUGUCUCUUCUACGUCUUUUGUCUGACC